UAUUUUAGUACAUAGGGAUGCCGCCAUCCCGAAUACCUAGGGUAAUGGCCCUAUUGCGGAUGCUUUGCAUCUUUGCAAUUUCCACAUGUUGUUCUACUUAUCGGCUCAAUGUUCCAAGAGUCCUUCUGCCCUAUCAUCCAAAUAUUCCUGUGAACUUUGUUCUUGAAGUUAGCCAACCCUCUGGCGGAUGCUUUAGAUGGCGAUCUACACGUUCGGAUGUGGUCUCGGUAAGCCCUUUGGGGUCAAAACCUGACGAAUGCUCGGAUAGAGCAGAAAUCCGAGCGAUAUCCAAAGGCUUUUCGGGAGAGCUGAGCGCUGUAAUAUUUGCUGAAGACAGCGGCUCCGGAACAAUGUUGAGUUGUGGCGUGACAGUCGAUCAAAUCUCAAGAAUCCGGAUAAAAACAACUACGAAAAUCUUAUUUGUUGAUGCUGCUCCAGCUCGCAUUCACCUUGAAGCCCUCAACGCCGAAGGUGAUACCUUUUCCACAUUGGGUGAGAUUCCGAUCGAAUGGGAGUUGUCCCACUCUGGGGAAGGCCGUCCACUCCGUAUCGUUCCCUUUGAGCAGUCGACCUAUGAAGCACCAGCUGAGAUUGUUGCAUUAGAGCAAAAUAAGAAGAAAGGUUACAUCAUUCUUGUGGAAGGUAUCCUUACUGGGUCAGCUACUCUGACGGCGAAAUUUGGCGAACCUCAUUACAAGAGCAUCAGUCCCGACAGCCUGGACCUGGUGGUAGUAGCUAACUUGCUUCUGCAACCAGCACAUGAUCUUUUCUUACCCGUUAAUGCUGUGGUGCCGUUUCACGUCCAGAUUGUUAAGCAAAGCAGCACUGAAGAGGUUCCAAUGCCGUCUUCACUGUAUUAUUUGAAAGUUGACUCCGAGAAUGUCUGUUCGUUGGACAAAAUGACAUCAACAAUCAGAGCACUGUCUCGUGGACGUACCGAUAUUCAUCUGUUCAGCCAAAACGUUGACGUAAACGCGAAAACUGGCGUUAGACCACCUUCAACUUCUAUCAGUGUCGUCGACCCCGAAACUAUUCAGUGGACAGUAUCUGGAGGAGGAAAUUGGCUGCUACAAACAGGCAAACGUUAUAAGCUUUCUCUGCUGUUGUUGGAUCCUCACGCAAAUCAGAUGUUCAUCAGUGAUAAUUUGCGCUUUGACGUUGGUAUCCCUAGCGACUACUUCGAAAUCCACUAUGCGUCCAAAAAUCAUAGCUAUUUCGAAGUGACGCCCAAGAAAGUAGGAAAGACUACGCUGAAAAGUAAAUAUGCGGCUGUUGUGGAUGAGGCUGGAAAAGAGCGGCGAACUACAGGAAAAGUAACUGGGGAACAGGUUGUACAAAUCGUGGACCCUGUGAAGAUCACACCAUCUCAGGUGGCAUUCCCUUAUCUACCCCGCAGGAAGACCUCAUUCCCGCUAAAGGUCAGCGGAGGAAGCGGUCUUUACGACUGGAGCGUUGCCGACUCUACUAUAUGUGGGGUGGAUUCGAAUGGAGUGUUAAGCAGUUCAUCCCCCGGCAGCACGUUUGUCACAGCUGCUGACAAAAGAAAUCCAGCUCACAAGGAUGUUAUAAAAGUCUCGGUUAUGGAUGUUUUGUCCUUGACAUUUGGAGAAACUCGUAAAGAGGCAGAAGUAGGGUCAGAUCUGGUUCUAAAUGUUUUGCUCACUGGUUCUGGUCCAGACGGAUCAGUACCUUUCACUGAUUGCCGUGGUGCUGACUUUACGGUGAAAUCUUCCGAUGACAGUAUCUUCAAACCUGUAACAGAUGCUACUCCUACCCUACCUUUGAUUGGUACCGGCUGUUCAACCGUCACAUUGAGAGCAGUCUCUUCUGGUGAUGCUAAGAUUACCGUAACUUUUGCUCGUCAUGAGGCUACUAUCGACGUUUCGGCGUACCCAGAGUUGAAAGUUGUUAAUGACGAUAUUGCUUUGGCUUUGGAUAGCAACUUCAACAUACACUAUGAAGGGGGACCAAGACCAUGGCUGCUAGAUUCUUCCGCUUAUUACAACGAAGCCUCCAGCAUUAGCCAUGUCACUUCAAGAAUCAAUAACGAUAUUGUCAAUGUGAAGUGUGGUACUGAGAAUGAGGUUACGACGCUACGUCUAGAAGUAGGAAACAAACCUAGCGCUACAUUGCCAUUUCCUGCAAUUGCCACAACCAACAUAUCUGUGUGUUGCACUACUCCUUCCAGAAUUUUGCUUUCUGCUGAUGGAGCACAGCCAAAGUGUCCGUCCACUGUGAAAGUUCUCCUAACCGAUGCAGCUUUGAAAAUGACGAUUGCGGCACAUGGUUCAUGUGGAAAAGCAGGCGAUCGAGUAUUGGACUCCAUCAAUGGAUAUAAUGUAAACUGGGUCAGUUCAAAUAGGAAUGUUGCCAUGGUCACUAACAUAGGAAUGGAGGAAGAGAAUUAUACUAUCGUGAGAGGCUCGGGUACACUCGGCACAGCUGUCAUCACUGCAGAACUCUCUAGAACAAGUCAUCAACGCAAUGACUUGAAGAGUAAUGUCGAAUUGAAGUUCGUGAAGCCUGUAUCGGCAGAGCCUUCUAAUCUUGUUCUGUGGAAUGAAGUCGUAGCACUGGGCAAAGUCAGAUUGAACCAUGGAUCUGGUUACUUCCGUGUGCAAGAACUUCCAGGCGCACCUUUCGAUGCUUCAGUAAAGGACAGCAUGGUUAUGGUCACCCCCAAAGCACAAGGAGGCGGUUCGCUUCGUAUAGAGGAUCUCUGCGUUAGCGGUGAUCCUCUCGAUAUUCCCGUUAAAAUCACUGAUAUCCAUUCACUUGUCAUUUACGGACCUCAAUUUAUGGAAGUUGGAUCCGAAGCUGAAGUAUCAGUAGACGGUGUCGACGAAUCCGGCAGUUCUUUCUCUAGGGAUCAUGGUGCACUUUCCAACGCUGUUAUCGAGUCCGCUGAUCCCGCGGUGCAUAUCACCAGGAUCUCUGGGUCACGGUAUCGAGUCAGAGCUCUUUCCACGGGAGCCGUUUCAUUAACGUCAUCGGCCAAAUCGACCUCUGGUAAAACUCUAAACGCUCGCCCUCACACUAUACAAGUGUUCUCAUCGUUUACUCUCCAUCCGCAAAAGAUCACUCUUAUCCCAGAAAGCACAUUCCAGCUGGAGAUCAUCGGCGGACCGCAACCUACUCCGCAGAUUGAUUUUACACUCAACAACUCACAGAUCGCCAAAGUUGAACCGAAUGCUCUGAUAACGUCGAAGAAGCUUGGGUAUACAUCCAUCACUGGGACCAUCAAUGUUGGCGGGGAGCAUUCGUCACAGAAUACUGUGGUACUUCGUGUCGUGUCAUUGGCCGGCAUCAAAGCUGUUGCUAGCACUUAUAUGACCGAGAAAGGAGGACGCGUAUGGGUGAGAGUGAACGGCUUGGAUCAAGAUGAGACGCCCUUCGCAUUUGGUGGGGCUCUGUAUCCGAUCAAGGUCACCUGGACUAUAAGCCACCCUGGAGUAUUACAAACGGUCCACCCAUUCGGUUCUUCAAUAACAGAAACCGAUGAAAAUCGCUUUGCCAUAUGGUUGGAAGGAGGAACAGCUGGAUCAGCUACUGUGAAGGUUCGCGUGGAGCCCUCUGCAAGUGCUAAACAGCAUUUCAUUGGCAAGAAGCAAGCGUUUGAAGAUACGGUAGAAAUACGUGUGGAAGAGCCUUUAUCAAUGAAACGGCCAGAAAUGCCUAUACCCAUCAUUAGGCUAGCCCAGAAUAGCGAAAUACAACUCGAGACAGCUUGGCCACAAUCUGUUGUUGCGUACUCAGUGCCAUCUGAAUUUGCCUCUCGUCUUUCCGUCUCGAAAAUGGGCAUUGCUCGCUCAAAAUCUUCUGUAGGGCCUGCAGCCGUGUAUAUUCGCAGAACGGAUCAGCCUGACAACGAAACCGCCAUAAUACCCAUAACGAUCGCAGGCGUCAAUUCUUUGGACGUAAAGUUGCUUACGAAACUGGAGCCGGUUUCUUCCACACCACUCCUGAACCUACCCGUUGGGGCGAAAAUUGCACUUAGGGUGGUGUUUCGUGACUCGAGGGGAAGAGAGCUCAGUUCGUCGUCGAAACUGAACUAUAGACCGCAUAGGUUUGACCUCACCGACAUUGUUCCAUCUGACGCGAAUCGCACUCUUACUGUAUCCCUAAAAUCUGUGGGUGACACCGUUUUGAAGAUCUGGGAUACUGUAGAACCAUCACUGAACACUUUUGUACGACUUUCUGCAGCGGAAAUGCUGUACCCUUCAAAUCGACAUCCUUUCGUAUCCAAUAUUGUAUGCUUUAACUCGCCAUUGACUGGAAUUGCACGAUGGGAAUCGAGUAAUGGUCGUAUCGAAUGGCUUGAUGUUGAACGAGGUAUAGCAAAAUUGGCACAUCCGGGACCUACCCAUGUCACUGUCAAAACUGCCGAUCAGAAGUUGACGAAUUCGUUGUCCAUCGCACCUGCUCAAAACCUGAAUUUUGCAAAAGAUCUUCCAAAUGUAGUUUCAAAUGCGGAAGGGUCGUCUUAUGUUUUCCCAGUGAUCAUCGGAAGCAACGAAACAUCAUCGUCCCAUGAAGCUGCUGCUGGCUGUACAGAAAAGCAGCUCUCAGCGCUAUCUACCAUUCGUGCGCCCUUCGAUUGCACAACUGCCUUCACAUCGAAUAAAAUGGGUCCAGCUGUGAACAUUCUAUCUGCAAAGGCGGUUUUUGUGCCCAAAAUUGGAUCUUAUGCAUGUGUAGUCGAACGGCAAGAAGCUGGCCAAGUUCAUUUGGAUAUUGCUGGAGCUAGCCAGGUGGAUCUCAACAUAAUUGCGAAAUGGAUGGGAGAUACACAAAUCAAAGAUGCUGUUGCGAACACGGUAUUCCAUAUGGCGAUGAGAGUUUUGGAGUCGGAGAUCCAGUUGUCGGAUAUGGAUAAAAAAUCGGCCGUAUUGUCCAUUCAAGUGCCAUCAUAUCAGCAUCGCAAUAUCAAUGCAAAUGGAUGUCCUGGCGAUAUCGUCACGAUUACAGAGACCCGCCAUCCAUCUGGGGCUAAUAAUGGCGCAAAUAAGUUCUUCCUGGUGAAGCUGAAUGUGAAGUCAGCUGCUCUAUGGUCCGACCUCUCUGAAAAAUGCACUGUGACAGUUGAGAACGCGAUUACGGGACAGAAGAUCCAUGUGCCAGUUAGGAUCCGAAUUGUGGGACAAGCUAAACAAGUGUAUAAUGCACUUGACAGUACGAGUCUUAUCGAUUUUCUGCUGAUAUUCUUGCAACACUAUUCAUGGAUUAUUCCGAGUUUGAUGUGGCUGUGCUUGCUAGGAAUACUUUCCAUCGCUGCUUACUGGUUUAUUCGAAGGCGGAUCUGGGAGAAGGAAGGUACAUUCAAUGAUACUAGCGCUAUACGGUCACCAUCAUCAUCUAUGAUAAAUCAGUCAAUGUCGCGGCAGAGUUCCCCUAGUUUCUUCCGAGAUUCACCGAUUUUCAAGUCAACACCAAUCUAUGGUGAAUCCAUCACCAGCCCCGCACAACAACGCCCAAUGGGUUCGAGGGGAGAACCAUCUCUAUGGAGUACGGAUUUACUUGUUCGAGAUUGUAGUCAGACUAUGGGCGAGGAUGCUCAGAUUGAGGACGCGGAUGAAGGUUAUGGUCUUUCACCAGCGUUAGAUGAGUCUGCAAGAUUUACCGAACCGGAAGGAGUGAUUUGCUCAGUUGAUGGGUCCUAUGCUACAUCAAAGUAUGCUACGAAACGCGACGAAUCCCAAGAAGAGCUACGACCAUGCUCCGAACUGACUUUGGACCACCCAAGAUCCAUCCGCUCAGCGAUGUCGAGAGAAUCCAUGGCAUUCCAGUCAGGCAUUGUCUACGAUGAGAGCCGUCCAAUCCUUGCGAAUAUAUCGCGAAGGUCGCAAAUCCUCGUACAACACAAUGGUUCGACUAUUCGCUUACCACAACCCUUGGAUACACCGCUAAAAUUGCAAAAAUCGCAAGCGAAUCGAUCCAAGAGCAUUGUGCGACCGGGCAGUGCAAAAUGUCGUGAAAUUAGUCCGAUUCGAGUUGUCAGCACGGAAUCCAAUGCGACUCGUAAUGCUCAGCUCUAUGAUCCGCUUCGGAAAAUCUCGAAUGAAACGACCGAUUUGCAUGACCCAAUAUUCAGUGCUGAGCUGGAAAUUCAAGAAAGAAAGCUUAUGAACGGCCUAAAAGCCAUCAUGAACUAUUGUGGGAAGCAAGCUAGACCUGUAUCCACGGCUUCCUCGGCACCAACACUGGCCACGGCCAUUACGCGCAGCGGAAGUGCAAGCACCGUUUCGACUGGACGUGAUCCAUUGAGCAAAGAAGUUCGAGACCUCAAAGAGGCUUUCGCUGACAUGAAUAUUGCAAAACGUGCAGCUGCGGGGCGAAAUCGUGAUGAAACGGCGGAUUCGUUUGCACUGGAUGAGAUGCUAACUAUAGAAAGACCACCAAGUGGAUCUCGCGCCUCGUCUACCAUAGAGCAAGCACGGUUGAGUUCUCUCCAUCUCCUUGCGGAUAAUGCGAUUAGAGACGCUGAUCAGUGUACAAAAGCACUUCGUUCUGGAGCUCUGAAUUAUUUAGUAGAAAAGGCCACGAGCACACAAGGAGAAACAGAAACAAAAUGUGUCAAAUAUCAUGUCAUCACACAUAGGAUAAAAAGUGCACCGGAACACCACAAACAUCAUCGAAGACACAGCGUUUCAUCGACUUCUGUGGAUCAUAAACCCGUGUAUCCAACCUUCACUUUGGAUAGGUUGAACAUGUUUGGUGGUUCGUCGGCGCUCGAAAAGCGAUUUGAUCCACGAAGUAACAUGUUUGAUGGAGCGGAAGCUCGGUUAGCAAUUCAUGACAAUGAACUUGACCAUGCGUCUCAUCGACAGCGACGGUAUGGAGGAAAACGUGGCAGGCCUGUUGUUAUCGGUAGAGCUAUUCAUGGCCGAGGUAGAAUGCAUUUUCGACCAACGACAUCGCAUCAGGCCUCUCCCAGAAUUGAUCAGACUGCACAUACAAAUGAAGUGCGCUCACCCGUUCCUGAGCAUCGCGAUGUUGCAACGGUAACGGAACAUGAGUGUGCGGUGCAGACUGAGUCGCAACCACCUGUGGAAGAGAUUGCCCCCAAAGAUGAAGUCGAAGAACUUGUGGAGGACGAUACCGAGUCAACCAUAACUCCCGAAUCUGUUAAGCAUAAUGUGCAUCACAAAAAGCCACCUGUUCCAAAGAAAAUGCCUUUUGUGGGAUCGGGACAGAAGGGCAAUAGCACUUUUUCAAUCGCUGGCAAUCAACAACAGGUCAUGAAGAUCAUCGGCACGAGGUUUCAAGAAUGGCUUCCGCUAGCGCGAAGUAUUAUCUACGAUUCACAAUGUAAGGAUUAUGCAAAAGCUUUAUAUAGAGAUCUAGUCAGACAGAAGCGAUCUCACAUGGAACAGAUGCGAUUACUGGAAGUUGAUUUGGAUGCCGCUCGGAACGAUAAUGUAAGGCGUGAAAUACGAGAGGACAUAGCCCGACUCAGGCAGCAGUGGACACACAAGCACGAUCGAGUCGUAGCACGUCUAAACGAGCAAUUGUCCCGAGGCGGAAUUUGGUCAAAAGUGCAGCAGUUACGAGUUAUUCAUGCAGCGCUGGUAGCUUAGAAAUAUUUGCAAGUAUCUCUUAUUAGGUCUGUUAAUCUUGAGCUCCUUAGCCCAGGCCAUAUAAACUGAUUCACUUUUUUACCUCACUUAUACUAGGCAUGCAUCCAUACUUGUGCAAAGGAGGAAUAUGGCCUCUCCAGGUUGAAGGGGGUCAUAGGGG